AUGGCGUCAUCGGUGUUUUUCAAGUUCAAGUCCCAGAAGGAGCCCACAAGGGUCGAGUUCGACGGCACCGGCAUCUCUGUGUUCGAGCUGAAGCGUGAAAUCAUCCACAAGAGUGGCCUUGGCGACGGAACCGACUUUGAUCUUUUCAUCUACACGGAUGAUAAUAGCGAGGAAUAUGACGAUGAUACCACCAUUGUCCCCAGAUCUACCACCGUGAUAGCUCGGCGCCAGCCUGCGCUCAAGCCCGGAGCCGGCCGCGCCGCUCGCUAUGUUUCGGGCAAGAUGCCAGUGACUGCCAAAAAUGCUGGCCGGAAAGAACAGUCCGUCAAGGCAGCCGCUUCAAAGCCGAGCAACAGCGCCAUCAACCAAAUGAACACGGCCAUGACGGAAGAGGAAAAGAUGGCAGCCAUGUUUGCCGCCCAGAGCGAGCAGUGGUCUGCUCAGCAGGAGGAGAUGUCACACCAAGCACCAGUCUUCAAGCCGGGUUCCAAGCGACCAGCCAACGUGCCGGACCAUGAUCCCCCAAACGGCUACAUUUGCUACCGAUGCGGAAAUAAGGGCCACUGGAUACAGCUGUGCCCGACGAAUGACGACCCGGACUUUGACAACCGACCCCGGGUGAAGCGGACGACGGGCAUCCCGCGCUCCUUCUUGCAAAAGGUUGACAAGUCGGUCGUCCUGGCGCAGACCGAUGGUGAUGAGACAAAGCGACCAUCCGGCAUCAUGGUGAAUGCCGAAGGAGACUUUGUCAUCGCAGAGCCUGACAAGGCAUCUUGGGAGCAGUUCCAGGCCAAGACCAAGUCCUCGUCUGCCCACAAGGAGGCGCAGGCCGAGAACAAGGAGGUGCAAGAGCGCGGCCUCGAGUGUUCGAUUGACAAAAAAAUGUUCAUAGAGCCAAUGAAGACUCCUUGCUGCAAGAAGACGUUUUGUAACGACUGCAUCACGAAUGGUCUUAUCGAAAGCGACUUCGUCUGUCCUGCGUGCCAGACCGAAGGUGUGCUGAUAGAUGACUUGACACCUGACGAAGGCACGUCAAAGAAGAUUCAAGAAUACUUGAAAGAGAAGGAAACGGCCAAAUCUACACCGCCAGCGUCGCCAGAAGCCGCAGCCGACGACGGGACCAACGUCCAUGGAGAGAACAAGGAUGGGGAAGCCCAGAAGGCUGAGCAAUCGGAUCAGCCGGAGGACGGCACCAAGGACUCUGGGGACGUGGACAAGUCGAGCUCACCAGCGCCUCUACAAUCCGCAAAGUCGCCCCCCAAGGGCCCUCAGAGUCUCGUCCACGACGCGAAACCUGCCGAAAGCCAGAAUACCGAGGUUUCAACGGCUGGCGAAGGAAACCCCAAGAAGCGGCCCGCUGACGACUUUCUGGAGAAUCCUCGGAUCCCCAAAGGCCCCAAGGCGAUGCAAAAUCAACAGGCCAUGAACACGACGCCCAGCAUGAUGAACGGCAUGCCCAACAUGGGCAUGAAUAGCAUGAUGUUCAACGGCAUGGGGAUGAUGCCCAACAUGAUGGGCAUGCCAAACAUGAACAUGAACAUGGGCAUGCCGAUGAUGGGCAUGCCGAUGAUGGGCAUGCCUGGCUUUGGGGGGAUGAACAGCGGAAACUUUGGAGGGAUGAAUGGGGGGUGGGGAAUGAACGACAUGGGUGGCAUGAACGGUAUGAACGGCAUGAAUGGCAUGAAUGGCGGUUUCCAGAACGGAGCAAGCUUUCCGCCCGCCAACGGCGCCGACGACGACGCCUACUUUCGAAAGCCGGUCAACCCCCAUCGGCACCAGAAUAAGCAGCGGAGAGUACGCCCGAGCGACUACAGGGAGCUCUGA